AUGCUACUUCAUGUUGCUAUUUCACGUCCACAAGCAACACAGACACCAGAUGAUGCCGAUAUGCAGCUUCAGCGUCUACCAGAGGAUGUUGAUUUUCAGCUUCGACGUCCACCCGGGUAUUUAUGCUUUGGCUAUCGUGUCCAAGACGGUUAUGCAAUCCGAUGUGCCGGACAAAUACUAAAAAUCCUGUUUUCUGGAACCAGCUAA